CCAGACCAUCAUUGUCGGGGCCCAGAUCAUUGAUCUGAUGAUGUUGGUCAUCGAUGUGACCAAGGGGAUGCAGACGCAGUCAGCGGAGUGCCUUGUGAUCGGGCAGAUCGCCUGCCAGAAGCUGGUCGUGGUGCUGAACAAAACAGACCUCUUAGCCGAAGGGAAGAGGCAGGCAGCGAUUGAUAAAAUGGCCAAGAAAAUGCAGAAGACUCUAGAGAACACCAAGUUCCGAGGUGCACCAAUUAUACCUGUGGCGGCCAAGCCUGGGGGACCAGAGGCCCCUGAAACAGAAGCUCCACAGGGCAUCUCGGAGCUCAUUGAGCUCCUGACGUCCCAGAUUUCCAUCCCAACGAGAGACCCUUCAGGACCGUUCCUCAUGUCUGUGGACCACUGUUUCUCCAUCAAAGGCCAAGGCACUGUGAUGACAGGGACCAUCCUUUCAGGCUCCAUCAGCCUUGGCGACAGUGUGGAGAUUCCUGCCCUCAAGGUGGUGAAGAAGGUCAAGUCCAUGCAGAUGUUCCACAUGCCUGUCACCUCAGCCAUGCAGGGAGACCGGCUGGGCAUCUGUGUCACUCAGUUUGACCCCAAGCUGCUGGAGCGUGGCCUGGUGUGUGCCCCUGAGUCCCUGCACACUGUCCACGCGGCCCUCAUCUCCGUGGAGAAGAUCCCAUAUUUCCGGGGGCCCCUGCAGACCAAGGCCAAGUUCCACAUCACGGUGGGCCACGAGACGGUCAUGGGCCGGCUGAUGUUCUUCAGCCCCGCCCCCGACAGCUUUGACCACGAGCCUGUGCUGGACUCCUUUGACUUCUCUCGGGAAUACCUCUUCCAGGAGCAGUACCUGUGCAAGGAUCUGGCGCCGGCGGUGACAGACAGUGGCGAGGCUGAUAAGAAGGCGGGUCAGGCCAUAGAAGGCCGCUGCCCCCGCCAGCAGUGGGCCCUGGUGGAGUUUGAGAAGCCUGUCACCUGCCCUCGGCUGUGCCUGGUGAUCGGCUCCAGGCUAGAUGCAGACAUUCACGCAAACACGUGCCGGCUGGCCUUCCAUGGCGUCCUGCUCCAUGGGCUGGAGGACAGGAACUACGCCGAGAGCUGCCUGCCACGGCUGAAAGUGUACAAGCUCAAGCAUAAGCAUGGCCUUGUGGAGCGGGUGAUGGAUGACCACAGCGUGAUCGGCCGCUCCCUGUUCAAAAAGGAGACCAACAUCCAGCUCUUCGUGGGGCUCAAGGUGUACCUGUCUACUGGGGAGCUAGGGGUCAUUGACAGCGCUUUCGGCCAGAGUGGCAAGUUCAAGAUCCACAUCCCUGGUGGUCUUGGCCCCGAGUCCAAGAAGAUCCUGACGCCCGCCCUCAAGAAGCGGGGCCGGGCUGGCAGAGGAGAGGUGGCCAAGCAGGAGGAGGGCAUGGAGCGGCCCGAGCCCGCACAGCACGUGGCGCUCAGCCUGUCUUUCAAGCGCUAUGUCUUCGACACCCACAAGCGCAUGGUCCAGUCUCCCUGAGUGCCCCGGUGACCUCUCCCAGGGCCACCUUGCCCAGGACUGGGCUGGGCUGCAGUGCCAAAUGCCCAACCACAUGUGCCUCGACCUCCUCCAGUCUCUCCCUGCUGCCCUGCAGGCAGGAGGCCCCCAGCCCUGGCAUUCAGCCCCAGUGAGAAGCCAGCGGGUGGUGGGGUACAGUGUUCUUCCACCCCUGCACCUUCCUGCCAGGGGCAGCACCCACCUAGGAAUGGGCCUUGUCUGGAGAGCUGGUGGCCAGUGUCUUCCAGGCUGCCCAGCUGGUGGCCAUCUGAAGGCCAAUCCCCACCCUGCCCCCUGGCAGCUGGGCACUUGCCAGCUGCAAAUAAAUGUCCUGUGGUGCCACCCA